AUGGAUUCUACAAAUUCCAAUGAUGGAGAACCUGUUCCUCCAAAGCAAGAUAACUCACAAUCCUGUUACCCAGUAAUAUAUCCUGCUUAUUUCUCACCAUACUUUCCAUUUUCUUUUCCAUUUUGGCCUGGAUAUAAUACGGAGCCAGCAAAGAAAGAAACACAUGAAGUCUUGAGGCCAACUGCAGUGCAUUCAAAGAGCCCAAUCAAUGUUGAUGAACUGGUUGGCAUGUCAAAACUCAGCUUGGGAGAAUCAAUUGGUCAUGCUGGGCCAUCAUCUCUUUCACUAAAGCUUCUGGAAGGUCCUUCCUCUAGGCAAUCCGCAUUUCAUGCCAAUCCGGGCUCAG